AUGACGGCUCUCCAUUCGAUCUUGGCAAUGAGCCCACGAAACGCUGCCCACCUCCAAAUGCCAGUCAUCCAGGCUCAGACUCUGCCACAAGCCCUUUUGAAGCAUCGACGGAGCCUGGAGGACGGCUUGUGCAAUUGUAAUUUGGAUUGUACCAAGGAUGUGGCGCUGAUGUUCCAGAAGCCGGCGAAUUGUGGGGCUCAGGACAAGCGCUUGCUGGUGCAGCCAGCCUUGCUGGUGACGAGCGCAACGCAUGAGUCCAACUCAUGGGCUGAGAGUUCUGUGGCCCAGCAAAACCUCAUUCAAGACGUCCCCCUCAUUCGUGUGAACGAGAUGAUUGGGUAUGACGCGGAGACAGGCGCCCGGCCUGGCGCUUCAGCUAGGGUUGGAGUGCCAGCCCAUCUCCACAUCAUCAAGAACUAUGCGCGCGGCGUUGAUAUUCCUGAAAACGGUGUUGUGGUGUGGGCAGACUUGCUGCCAAACAGGCACUGCGAGUUUGGGCGAGCAGCGCUUUCGCGGAUGCUGAAUGAACCGGAUGCCAAGCCCAAAGUGUGUUACAUUGCAUUCCUGCGAGAGGAGCAGAAGGAUGUCAUUCCGGAUUUUGAACAGCUCAUUUAUUCACAUUGGGACACAGCUGCGGGGUCUCCUCCAAAGGCCCGAGCAGUUGAACCACUCCCAGAUCCCGACCUGCAGCUCCUUUCUUGGACAGGAAAUGCGCCGCGAUUUCCUUCCAACCUGCUGGAGAAAUUUGCUGAAGGAACGGCGGGCCACAAUCACAUCGUUGAGAUGAGGAAGACCUUCCUGGCAGCAUUCCCUGACGCGUCAACGGGGUCCGGACGUGCGGAUGGAGGGAAAGGGAGUCAGGCUCAGAGGACUAUCAGGGCAACUGGCCAGCCGGAUUUCUCAGUUGAUGGAGGCGCAGUGCCAGUUGAUUUGACUGAAGAGCUUCGCCCUGCCAUUGUCAAGGAGGCCGACUUUUCUGUGACAAGGAAGGGAUAUGUUGCUGGUUCGCGUGGCAAGCCGUCCAUUGUGAUUGAUGCUGACUUUGCUCUCUGGGUUGGGAACGAGGGCGACUCAGAGGUCCAAUUUGAGGCUUCCGAAUUGUGUGGCUUUAACCUCGGUGUGUAUGACCAGAAGGUCGUCGCAGGUCAAGGGGAGCGAGAGCUUGCUUGCAUUCCCUUUCGGUUCGCGGACGAUUUGCAGAUUGUGUCCUUAGACAAAACCCCUUUGUCGCUGGCCCAUUUGGUUCACAAGAUGUCGGUUGUCCAUGGCGUGGCCGAAUUUGAGUUGGCUGACCAUGAAGUCUCAAAGAAGCUCUAUGAGGCUGCGGAGGGGAAAGACCCGCUGCCUGUGCCCUAUCGUGACGAGACCCGACCUGAGUCAGCUGAGCCAGCAGCUAGCGCAAGCUGUGGAGAGCCCCCAGCAGAGACUGCUGAAGGGGAGGAGGAGGAAGAGCGUGCGCAGGAUGCUGUUGUUGAAGAUGUCGAGUGA